AUGGAAAUUGAAAAUAAGCUUAAUGGAAGUGAUGCCUCGAAUUUAUGUUUUUCAUCAUUAAAAAGUAGAAAUAUUGAACGAUCUAAACAUGCAAAAUCCUAUGAAGUUGAUAGUAAUCAUCAUGUAUCUUUAUCAAAUGAAGAUGUGAAUAAUGACGAACAAAUAACUUCAUCUUAUACUAUACCAGAUAAAAACUCAUUAAAAAUGGACAAAAAUCCAACACCAAAGUCUAAUCACCAUCAUCAUUCAUCAAAAAAGUCGAAAAAACGUGGUUUUGGAGCACUCUUAAAUCGAAAGAAAUGGCCAAAUCCAUUUGUACAAGGACAGAAUAAUGAUGAAAAUGCAGAUGCUUACAAAAUCUUUAGUAUUCUUUAUGGUUUAGUUAUUUUCAUUGGUGGUGUAGCAUUUUCUAUCUCACAUGCUAUUAUUCCACGUGAAGAAGGAGAAAAAAUCAAACAUUUAGCUGCGAUUUAUUUUACAUAUCUCUAUUGGGUAUCGAUUUGUUGGAUUAUAUUUUGUAUUAUUGAUAUUGUUCGUCAUAAACGAAAAUUAGGAAUUCAUUCCGAAAGAAUAGAUAAAUUAGAUUCAAAUCGUAUACGAUCGAAAAUGUUUCAAAAACAUCAAGAUUUUAAAUUAUCACCAACACCACAAUUUAAUUUACAAAUAUUUGAUAAUUCCGAUGAUGAUGAUAAUAAUGCAGAAGAAAAUGAUGAAAUAAAUUCAACUGUAAAUAAAGAUAAUGAAAGUUCUCAAGAUAAUCAAUCAUUAGAUAAUCUAUCAAGUCUUAUAGGUCGACCAUUUAAUGUUUUAAUGAGACGACAAAUAUUAGAUCCGAGUGGAACACAAACAUUAAGAAAUUAUGUAUCUCACCGAAAAGAUACAAUUGUGCAACGAGUUAUUGGAUAUAAUUAUGAUGAUCAUUCAACAGCCGGUGGUCUUUAUAUUCGUGUAGGAAUUGGAAUUUUUUGUCUUGGAACAGUAAUACAUUCGGGUUUAUCGAUAUUAAGUAAUCUUGAAAAUUUUGUAUGUACACGAUGGACAACUGUAAUGGAUGAUUUUUCAAGAUUAUUAUUUAGUUUUAUUCAAUUUUUCUUUAUAUUUAAACAUUCUAAUUUAAUUAUUCGAGCACAUGAAAGUUUUGCUCGAUUAGCUGUUAUGCAUGUUCUUGUAACAAAUUUAUGUGUAUGGUUCCGUAUGGUUGUUAACGAAACAAAAUCCCAAAUACUCGAAAUGAGUGCUCAUGAAAUGGCUAUAGGACAACAUAAUCCUAUUGUUAUGAAUAGUAAUUAUUCUAUAAAAAAUGUUCAAAAUAUAAUCAAUCAAAUACAUUGUACACAAUCUAUGGAAGAUACUUUACAAAUGACUGCUUAUAUUAAUGAAGGUUAUAUGAAAUUAAAACCACUUUUAUAUCCAUGUACAAUUGAAUUUAGUCUUAUGUGUUUAACAUUAUUUUUUCUAAUAUGGGAAAAUAUUGGUAAAACAUUUACAUAUAAAACAUCUGAUAAAGCUUCAACAAAGAAUGUUUUUAUGGUUAAUUGUCAUGCAUCAAUAAAAGGUUUAUUUGCUGGUAUGAUUAUAUUUGCAUGUACAGUUAUAUCUGUUAUACUUUAUGCGGUAUUUCGAAAUAAAAUUGGUGAUGAUAUAAAUCCUCUAUCAACAGAACUAACAAUACCUCAUCCAACAACAGCAGCAACAGCAGCAUCUUAUCGAAAUCGUUCAUCAUUAACACCUUCUGCACAUGGUCCAUUUACAUCUCUAUCUAAAACACCCAAGAAACUUUUAUAUAGUAUUGCAAUUAUUGAAAUCGUUAAUUUAUGUUUAAUAAUUAUUUCGUUAGUUGCUACAAUAUGGGCAUUAUUAAAAAUUCGUAAAUUACAAUAUCGAAGAAUAGCUACACGUUUCGAUAAUGUUUUAAUUAUUGUAUCAUUAACUGGCAUUUAUUUAUAUUCAAUAUUUAGUGCUUUUGCAUUACUUAAUAAUAAAAAUUCCGCAACAUGGAUUGCAUAUGUUAAAAUAGUUAUUGUUAUUUUAGAAUUUAUUGAAGGUACUGUUCAUGCAUUUUUUAUACUUGUAGCAUUACAUAAACGUCUUAAUCAUACAAGUAAACAUGAAUAUCCAGCACGUGAAGUUAUUACAUUAUUAAUCAUACUUGAUCUUAGUUUAUGGUUCGAAGAAACAACAACAACAACAAAACAUGAAGCAAAUCCAUUUCAAUUAGCUUUCUAUCAUGUUAUACCAUGGUCAAUCAUAGCUGCUAUUGCAACGCCACUUCAAAUAUUUUUUCGUUUUCAUGCUUCUGUAUGUCUUGCACACGUCUGGGAAAAUAUGUAUACUUUGCCGGCUUCGGAGACCGUUGCUCCCCAUGGUUUAUGA